AUGGAAGCACAACAGCGUGGUUCGACUGGAGAGGAGAAGAAAAAGAAGAAGAAAAAGAAGGAGAGAAAGCGCAUGCGGGAAGAGGUAACGCACUUCUCGUGGAAGGUUGCUUGGGCUAAGGCUGGCGCUGAAGUCAAGGUAUCUACCUCCCUGCCCCAUUUCACUCAUAUUGUUCCUUUCACCCCUAUGUUACUGGGAUUAUAUCGAACCCGUAGCUGA